AUGGAGGCGGUGGACAGCCUCCUCGUGAAUGGGAGCAACAUCACUCCGCCCUGCGAACUGGCCAUCGAGAACGACACGCUCUUCUGCUUGGACCGGCCCCAUCCGGCCAAAGAGUGGCAGCCGGCCGUGCAGAUCCUCCUGUACUCCCUGAUCUUCCUGCUCAGCGUGCUGGGGAACACCCUGGUCAUCACCGUGCUGAUCCGCAACAAGCGGAUGAGGACCGUCACCAACAUCUUCCUGCUGUCGCUGGCCGUCAGCGACCUCAUGCUCUGCCUCUUCUGCAUGCCAUUCAACCUCAUCCCCAACCUGCUCAAGGACUUCAUCUUCGGCAGCGCCGUCUGCAAGACCACCGCCUACUUCAUGGGCACGUCUGUGAGUGUAUCCACUUUCAACCUGGUCGCCAUCUCUCUGGAGAGGUACCGUGCGAUCUGCAAACCCUUGCAGUCCCGGGUCUGGCAGACGAAAUCCCACGCUCUGAAGGUGAUCGCCGCCACCUGGUGCCUCUCCUUCACCAUCAUGACUCCGUACCCGGUUUAUAGCAACUUGGUGCCUUUUACCAAAAACAACAACCAGACAGCGAACAUGUGCCGCUUCCUGCUGCCAAGCGACGUGAUGCAGCAGUUCUGGCACACGUUCCUGUUGCUCAUCCUCUUUCUGAUUCCUGGAAUCGUGAUGAUGGUGGCGUAUGGAUUGAUCUCUUUGGAACUCUACCAAGGAAUAAAAUUUGAUGCUAGCCAGAAGAAGUCUGCUCGAGAGAGGAAGGCGAGCACGGGCAGCGGCGGCGGGAGGUACGAGGACAGCGACGGCUGCUACCUGCAGCGGCCGCAGCCCCGCCGGCAGCUGGAGCUGCAGCGCCUGUCCAUCGCCAGCGGCCGCGGGGCCAGCCGCAUCCGCAGCAGCAGCUCCGCCACCAACCUGCUGGCCAAGAAGCGGGUGAUCCGCAUGCUCAUGGUCAUCGUGGCGCUCUUCUUCCUGUGCUGGAUGCCCAUCUUCAGCGCCAACGCCUGGCGCGCCUUCGACCCCGCCUCUGCCGAGCGCCAGCUCUCGGGGACGCCCAUCUCCUUCAUCCUCCUGCUGAGCUACACGUCCUCCUGCGUCAACCCCAUCAUCUACUGCUUCAUGAACAAGCGCUUCCGCCUGGGCUUCCUGGCCACCUUCCCCUGCUGCCCGCACCCCGGGCCCCCCGGGCCGCGGGGAGAGCCGGGGGAGGAGGAGGGCAUGACCCUGGGGGCGUCUCUGUCCAGGUACUCCUACAGCCACAUGGGGGGCAAUGCCCCCUGA